AUGUCGCACAACAUCAAGUUCCUGGCGCCAGAACCUAUAAGUCUAGAGAACAACGAGGGGUCUUCAGAAGAUCUUUCGGUCCCGUCGCUGCAUUUCAGAGAUGUCAUUGUGGGCAACUGCACGAUCGUUAAUGGUCAAAACAACAAGUUCACAGUGUGGCAGGUCGAGCUGACGCUGGCCCCUAUGCAAAUGAGUGGUCGCAGCUGUCCCAAAAUCAAAGUAUACAAGCGAUACACGGAUUUUGUAAAUUUUCGCGAUGAGCUGGUGCGAUCUCUACCGGCCGAUCUGAGGCCCAACGUGCCGAGCCUGCCGCCCAAGGUGUCUUGGUAUGAUUCAUGGCGCUAUGGGGACGCCAACUUCAACAACGGAUGGCUUGCACAUCGACGGUCGGGAUUAGAGCUUUUUCUCAACCAGCUGCUGCUCAAUGAUAAGAUAAUGGCAGAGGCGCUGGAAUGCGUGAAGCGAUUUCUGGAGGCGUGA